GCACAGAGACUGCUGGCGCGCCGGAGUCCACAGAAAUCCUUCUUUGAGACGCUCAUCAGGAGCCUGAUCAUCUUGUGCGUGGCGAUAGCGGUGGUCUUGUCGUCCAUCUCCGUCUGCGAUGGCCGCUGGCUCUUUGCGAGAGGGCAGCUCUUCGGACUGUGGCACUUCUGUACCGUUAGCAACGGCAGCGUCCUGAAGUGCGUCACUGACCUCAGCCUGGCCAAGGUGGAAGGGCUGAGCGUGGGGGUGAUUCCCAUCAGAAGCAUGGUGUCCUUUGCCGUUGUGGUUGCCAUAUUUGGCCUGGAGCUCCUGAUGGUGUCCCAAGUCUGCGAGGAUGCCAACGCGAGGCGGAAGUGGUCGAUGGGCUCGAUUCUCAUCAUUGGCUCGUUUUUGCUGUCGGCCACUGGGGUUCUGAGCUUCUCCAUCCUCGUGAAGGAUCAUCUCACCUUCACAGGCUUCACGCUGGCGUACUGGUGUGAGUUCAUCGCUGCCUUUCUCUUCUUCCUUAAUGGCAUCAGUGGACUUCACAUCAACAGCCUCACACACCCCAGGAACAGGGUAGGCAAAAUCUAG